AUGUCGACGAUCACCAAGUAUCAGAUUCAUGGUCAUGUCCGCUUCCCCACUAGUUUGACCGGAGAUGGUACCGAUGCUAUGAACAAAGAGUGCGACUACUCUUCAGGCAAGUUGUCUCACUCGAGAGUACGCCGGAUUGGUCUAAUUGAACCGCAUACAGCGUACGUCGAACUCCACACAUCUGAUGGCCUCGUGGGCCAAGGAAUGACUUUUACCAUCGGCCGCGGCAACGAUAUUGUUUGUACUGCUAUUGCCGCUGUUGCGGACCGUCUCGUGGGUAAAAAAACCGAGGAGCUUUUCAAAAACAUGGGAGAGACUUGGGAUUACCUCCUUGCCGACCCCCAGCUGCGCUGGAUCGGCCCCGAAAAAGGUGUCAUUCACAUCGCAUCUGGUGCCGUGAACAACGCUGUAUGGGACCUCUACGCUAAAUCCAGGAAAAAGCCUUUGUGGAAGCUUGUGGUUGACAUGUCACCCGAGGAGCUCGUCGCUUCCACCGCCUUCCGUUACAUCUCGGAUGCCAUUACCAAGGAGGAGGCGAUCGCCAUGCUCAAGUCCCGCGAGGCGGGCAAGGCCGAGCGCGAGGCCAAAGUUCUUGCUCGCCUCACCAAGGAGGCCGUCUCUGCUGGCUUCAACCACUUCAAGAUGAAAGUGGGUUCCAAUGUCGACGAUGAUCUUCGUCGUGGUCGCAUUAUCCGUUCCAUCAUUGACGACCCCAAGUAUCUCCCUACGGACCGCACCCCACCUACCCCUGAGUCGAUCGCAGGAAAGAACGCCGGCGAUCGAGUACGUCAAAAGCUCGAGUCCCUCAAGCCCUGGUUCAUUGAAGAGCCUACUGCUCCGGAUGACAUCCUUGGCCAUGCCUCCAUUCGCAAGGCCCUUAAGCCUCACGGGAUUGGCGUCGCUACUGGGGAGCAUGCUCACAACCGAAUGGUGUUCAAGCAGCUCCUUCAAGCUGAAGCAAUCGACGUUGUCCAGAUUGACUCGUGUCGUCUUGCCGGUGUGAGCGAGGUACUGGCUGUGCUGCUCAUGGCUGCCAAGUUUGGUGUACCAGUAUGCCCACAUGCGGGUGGCGUUGGCUUGUGCGAAUACGUUAUUCACCUGAGCUUGAUCGACUACAUUGCCGUUUCUGGUACCAUGGAGCGCAAUGUGCUUGAGUUUGUUGACCACUUGCACGAGCACUUUAUCUACCCCUGCUCGAUCAACAAAAACGGACGAUACAAUGUCCCCUCUAACCCCGAAGAAGGCUAUAGUAUCCAAAUGCACAACCAGAGCAUUGAAGAGUACAAGUGGCCAAAUGGCUCCUACUGGGUCGCCAACCCCAAGACAAACGCUGCGUACUAA